AUGGAGGACAGUCUGAAGCUGCUGCUCGUCUCCCUGAUGAUGAUGAUGACGAAGACGUCAGCUGCUGCACAACAGAACUUCUGCUCGAACUCAACGGUUCUCAGGACUCGGACGUCGUGUCACUCGUGUAGCAUCAGUCUGUUGAUGUCGUGUCCGUCGAGAUUCAAACAGACGCCGCGUUCCGUCGCUCAGGACUGCAGGUACUACGUCAGAACUGCCAGUUUGAAGCUGCCAAUCAGCGGCUGCAGCUUCGAGUGCUACCUGCAGGUGGAGCUGAAGAGAUGUUGUCCUGGUUACUGGGGGCCGGACUGUGUCGAAUGUCCUGAUCGAGCUGACAGACCCUGCAGCAACCGAGGAGUCUGCUCCGAUGGACUGAGUGGGAACGGAACCUGCACCUGUCAGGAGGGGUUUGCAGGUACAUCAUGUGAGGAGUGUUCUCCAGGUAGAUUUGGUUCCACGUGUAGUUCAGAGUGUUCCUGUGUUCAUGGUCUCUGUGACUCUGGAUUAAAAGGGGACGGGCACUGCACCUGUUUCUCUGGAUACAAAGGUCCAAACUGUCACCAGGAGGUUCCGGAGUGUGCGGCGCUCAGGUGUCAGCAGAACUCUCGUUGUCUGGAAGACGCUCUGACGGGUCAGUUAGGAUGUCAGUGUUUACCAGGUCACCAGAAGUCAGGAGAUCAGUGUUUAUCAAUAAACCCGUGUCUUCAGAGGGUCUGUCACACCUACGCCUCCUGCGUCCACACGGGUCCGAACCAGCACCUGUGCGCCUGUAAUGAGGGCUACAGCGGCGAUGGACGAGUCUGCAUGGCCAUCGAUCCGUGUCAGACCAGAAAAGGAGGCUGCUCCGCUGAGUCCACGCAAUGCAUCUACGAAGGACCAGGAAAGUCUCACUGUGAGUGUCUUCCUGGCUUCGACAACCUGUCAGACGGCGGCUGCAGCCUGAAGGACGCCUGUCGACCAGGUUCCUGUCACAAGAACGCCAACUGCUCGACAGUGGGCCUGGGACGAGUCGAGUGUACCUGUCUCCAGGGUUACGUUGGUAAUGGUAAAGUGUGUUACGGGGACAUCAUACAGCGUCUGAAUGAGCUGAACACGGAGCCUUUUGGACAGUGGAGGGGUCAACUGAGCAACGCCAUAGCUCUGUUUGGUUCUCUGUCGUGGCCUCUGCAGAACCUGGGUCCAUUCACUGUUUUCAUCCCAAUCAAUAAGGGUUUCAAAGGAACAUUGAUGAGGACUCUGCUUGCUGACUCAUCUAAAGCCAAGUACCUGUGUAAGAUGCAUCUGGUUGCCGGGGUGAUGCCGUUUGACACUCUGAAAAAAACAGACAUCUUUUUCACCCUGACGGGAAAAUCAGCAGCGGUGGACUCAUCGGAGGGGGAUUCCCAGACUAAAAUUCGUAUCCAUGGCAGCAGAAAGAAAGGCGUGAUCAUCCAGUCCGAUGUCGUCGCAUCCAACGGGAUGAUCCAUGUCAUCAAUAAGCUGAUGGACAGUGUCUCGUCAACCGUGGAGAGCAAUCCUGAGGAGAACCUGAUGAAGAUCAUCUCUGACUAUGGAAAGUUUGACAAGUUCAAGUCUUUGUUGGAGAAAACUCAGCUGGCAUCCGUCUUGGAUCUUCCAGGGCCGAUCACUGUCUUCGCUCCGACCAGCUCCGCCUUCGACGCCAUGACUGACGGACACUUGACGUACCUGAGCAGCACAGAGGGUCACAACAAACUGGUGGAACUUCUCAGGAACCACAUCGUCCCGUCCACCGACCUGGAAGUCUACAACGCUGUUUCUGGCCCCAGAAUUGUGACGAAGGCGAAUCAGGUUCUGACGAUAAACGUGACAGGAAACGGUCAGAUCCUGGUUAACGGAGCGGCGGUGUUGGAGUCAGCAGUGGAAGCCAGGAAUGGACGUCUGUAUGUGCUGGAUGGAGUUUUGACUCCGCCUUCCAUCGAACCCGUGCUGCCUCACAGGUGUGACAUCACUGAGACCAAGAUCAUCCGGGGCGAGUGUGUUAGCUGCUGGAAGAUCAAAGUGUUACCGUGCUCAUCUGGAGUUGAAACAGGCUCAUCCAGGUUUGGAUGUCUGUACAUGGCUUCUAUCGGCAGUCCGCCCAUCAAAGUCCCGUCCACCGGCUGCUCCCGGCUCUGCAAUGCAACUGUAACGACGCCAGCGUGUUGUAAAGGUUUCUAUGGUCCUGACUGUAGUCCCUGUCCAGGUGGACACCAGACGCCGUGCUCAGGACACGGUCAGUGUAUGGAGGGCAUCACAGGAAACGGGUCCUGUGUCUGUGAUCCAAAUUUCCUUGGCUCUCGCUGUCACUUCUGCUCCAGAAACAAUAAACAUGGACCAACGUGUGACAAGACGUGUCUCUGUGCCCACGGACAAUGCGACAACCGUCCGGACUCAGGCGGUCGCUGUAAAGCCGACUCGUGUCAGCCGGGCUUCACUGGUCCGUUCUGCGAUCGACAGACGGCGGCGUGCGGCGUCCAGGCUCAGUUCUGCCACGCCCAUGCUGACUGCGAUUUCAGUCAAGGGACGGCCAGGUGUGUGUGUAAACCUGGUUACCAGGGCGAUGGUAUCACCUGUGUGGAGUCCGACCCCUGCGCUCCGCCUCUCCGUGGCGGCUGCAGCGUGAACGCGAAAUGUAUAAGGACAGGACCUGGGACUCGCUCCUGCCAGUGUCUAACAGGAUGGAGGGAGGACGGAGACGAGUGUCAAUCAAUCAACAAUUGUGACAGUCCUGACGCCGGCGGCUGUCACCCUAACGCCACCUGCAUCUACGUUGGUCCUGGACAGAGUGACUGCAGCUGUAAACAUGGAUACCAUGGAAACGGACGAGACUGUGAAGCUGUGAAUCCGUGUGUCACCGUGAACGGAGGCUGCCAUUACCUGGCAAGCUGUCUGCUGCUGUCCUCUCAGUGGACGUGUGUCUGUGACGAAGGUUAUGUUGGAGAUGGCCGGAUGUGUUUCGGGAGCGUGGAGCAGGAGCUGAUGGCGCUGCCCGAGAUGUCCGAAUUCUUCAGGUGGACAACUGACUCCGGUGUGUCUCUGUCGGAUCAGAACGUCACCCUCCUGGUUCCGACUUCUGCUGCUGUCGACAAAAUGUCUACAGACGACAAGAACUUCUGGACGACAAAGGGAAACCUGCCAAGUCUCAUCAGAAAUCACAUGAUCCCUGGAAACUAUCCAUCUUCCAGUCUGAGCACCACUUCCACUGUGACCUCACUUCUCAAGAGUACUUUCCCUGUUUCUACAGCCAAUGAGCUCACAACUGUUGGCGGCGCCACCAUCACCACAUCCGAUAUUGCUGCUACCAAUGGACUGAUCCACAUUAUCGAUAAGGUUCUGGUUCCCGACAGGAAGCUGAGUGAAGGGCUGCUGGCGACACUCGCUCUGAGACCCGAGUUCUCGCUCUUCAGAUCAUAUCUCAUUGAUUACAACCUGACGGACAAGAUCGAACAGGGGGAUGAAUUCACCGUCUUCGCUCCAACAGAUGCCGCCAUCAACAAUUACCUGAAGAAAAUGGCUGCAGCUGCUCUGGACGUUAAUACCACUCGUUACCAUGUGGUGACAGCAGAGCGCCUGUUAAAGACCGACCUGCAGCCUGGAGGUUACAAGCAGACGCUGCUGGGGUUCUCUUUCCAGCUCGCCAUCGUCCUCCGAGAGGGAAAGUUGUUAGUGAACGACGCUCAGAUUAACUCGUCCAACAUCCUGAGCGGUAACGGCGUGAUUCACGGUCUGUCGGCCGUUCUCCAGAUCAACAGGAACCGCUGCGAUGAAGCUACGUAUCAGAAGGUCACGGCAACAUGCUUGGACUGUUUGUUCCCAACCAGCAAGAUUUGCCCCAACAACUCCAUCCCAGACAAAUCCGUGCGGAGCAGGAAGUGUAUGUUCUCCCGCAUGUUUGAAGGAGAGCGACUGUUGACCAUCGGCUGCAGACCCACCUGCAUUCAGAAGAACAUUGUCCAAGCGUGUUGUGGCGGGUUUUUCGGGAAGCACUGUGAGCCUUGCCCAGGUGCACAGGGUCGGCCCUGCUUCGGUAACGGAGUGUGUACGGACGGGACCAACGGAACCGGAGUGUGUCAGUGUAACCAAGGUUUUAACGGGACGGCCUGUGAAACCUGCCAGAGCGGCAAAUAUGGUGUCCACUGUGAUCAGGACUGCAGAUGUAAAAACGGACGCUGUGACGAAGGCGUCACAGGCGACGGGACGUGUGAGUGUGAUGUCGGGUGGCGAGGAAUCCUCUGUGACGAAAGUAAGAAAACAAAAGAAGAGAGAGUGUGACGUAUGUUUAAAUAUGUGUAUAUCAUGUAUUAAUACAUGUAUUUAUAUUUAUAUAUAUUGUACAUUUAUAUGUAACAGACAGUGUCCUGAUUUACAGAAGUCGAGUCGGCGGCUGACGAGUUGUGCGGCUCAGUGAAAUGCCACACAAGUGCAAAUUGUGUGAUCGGACCGUCCGGACCUCAGUGUCUCUGCGCUGCUGGUUUCCAGGGAAACGGGACGUCCUGUCAAGCUGCAGACGCGUGUGUGGAGGAUAACGGCGGCUGCAGUCUGUACGCCGUCUGCAAGAAGACUCGACCUGGACGCAGAGCCUGUGUCUGUAACAACGGUUACUAUGGAGACGGACUCGUGUGUGUCGAGAUAAACCCCUGUCUGGGAGGAAGCGGAGGUUGUCAUGCCAACGCAGACUGCGUCCACGUCGGACCGAACAAGACGUCCUGCUCCUGCAGUGAGGGUUACUCAGGCGACGGACAGAACUGUCACAUGAUCAACUUGUGUCAAAAGAAAAAUGGCGGCUGUCAUCAGUUUGCUCGCUGUAACAUGAGCGGACCAGGUGUCCGUACCUGCACCUGCAGGUCCAACUUCCUGGGAGACGGACUCACAUGCAGAGGCACCGUGGGCAAGGAAAUCCUGACGAGGAAGCUGCGAGACUUUUACCUCGGCCUGAUGAGGAUGGAGAUUUCUUUGAAAGGUCGCGGCCCGUUCACUGUCUUUCCCCCGAGCAGCGACGCCUUCGCCGACGACAGAUGGACCAGCAAGAUUAAAUCACUGAUGUUGGAGAAAUCUAAAGAACGCUACGCCUCCGUCCUGCGAAGCCACAUCGUCAUGUGUCACACGCUCCUCCCCCCCGACCUGAGUCGACCCCGAAACCUGACGUCUCUGUCCGGACUCGUCCUGUCCACCAGAUCAAGCCAGGGAAAUAUCUUCAUCAAUGACGCUAACGUGACGUACAGCGACGACGUCAGCAUCAAUGGGAUUUUCCACGAGAUCGACAGGAUUCUGUUUCCUCCAGACGUCAUCAAAGAUUCAGAUCCCAACAUCUGUAUGAAUCUGACCGAUGUGGCCGAAUGUCAUGGAUACACACACUUCUACAAGCUGCUCGAGGACACAGGGGUGAUGGACCUGCUGCAUGAUGGGAUAUACCAGCCGCUCACCCUCUUCCUGCCGUCAGACGUCGUGAUGGCGGCUCUGCCUCAGCAGCAGAAGGACUUCCUGUUCCACCAAGACAACCGCAUUCAGCUGGCGGAAUACCUGAAGUACCACAUCCUGCACAGCCAGAAGAUUUACGCUGAAAGUUUGAUCUAUCUGGACUCGGCUCGGACGCUGCAGGGUUCACCGCUCUCCUUUGUCUGCGGAGGGACAGACAACAUCGGAGAAAUCUACGUUAACGACGGGAAAUGUCGCAUAGUUCAGAGACACCUCAUCUUCAAUGGUGGGAUUGCUUACGGGAUCGACUGCCUUCUGACUCCGCCCAGCCUCGGAGGACGCUGUGACAAACAGACCUCCUUCGAACUCCGGAUGAGUUGUGGAGUUUGCACGACCUCAGCGUCUCGCUGUCCGAAAGGCUCCAAACUUAAGGAGAUCCAGAAGUGUGACCUUCCCACCAUGUUCGUCACCAAGAACUCUGGCUGUCUCAGCAUCUGCACCGUCAACUUCUGGCAACCAAAGUGUUGUCAUGGUUACCACGGACGAGAUUGUCUGGUGUGUCCAGGUGGCGUUGGCUCCUCCUGUAGUAACCACGGUAAAUGUGAUGACGGUCACCUUGGCAACGGCACCUGCACCUGUGACGCAGGCUUUGGGGGCGUGGCCUGUGAGCAGUGCAGUGAUGGGUUCUUCGGGCCCACCUGUAAAGCCUGCAGCUGCUCAGAACACGGGCCGUGUGACGACGGACGUAAAGGAACGGGGGCGUGUCUGUGUGAGGCGGGCUGGAGCGGCGAGCGAUGUGACACUGAGCAGAGUCACGUCUCCGUGUGUUCCCCAGCCUGUUCUCCUAAAGCCAUCUGCACGGAAAACAGCACCUGCGUCUGUCGGCCAUUUUAUGAAGGAGAUGGAUUCACCUGCACAGUGGCGGCCAUGUGCGGGGUUUGGAAUGGCGGUUGUGCUAAAGGCGCUAAGUGUUCUCAGAUAGGAGAGGUGGUGACCUGCACGUGUCCUAAAGGUCACUCUGGGGACGGGUUCACCUGUCAGCCCGUUGACCCGUGCGUCUCUGGAGACAACGGCGGCUGCCAUGAACACGCCACCUGCAUCAUGACUGCUCCGGGAAAGAAGAAGUGCACGUGUAAAGACAAUUACGUCGGCGAUGGCGUGACUUGUGAGGUCAAACAGCUGCCAAUCAGCCGCUGUCUCCAAGGGAACGGACGCUGUCAUCAAGAUGCCAAAUGUACAGACCUACACUUUGAAGAUGCGACACUCGGUGUGUUUCACCUCCGUUCAGACAGGGGGCAGUACAAACUGAACUUCAGUUUUGCGCAGCAAGCGUGCGGUGCAGAGGGAGGAGCCCUGGCCACCUACGCGCAGCUGUCCUAUGCUCAGGAGGGUGGGCUCAACAUGUGUGCUGCCGGCUGGUUGGACCAGGCCCGGGUGGCGUAUCCCACCACCUACUCUAACCCCAAUUGUGGCUUCGGGCACGUCGGCAUUGUGGACUACGGAGUCCGCAAGAACCUGAGCGAGUCGUGGGACGUCUACUGCUACCGGAUGAAAGAGGUCAGGUGUGAGUGUCAGGUGGGUUACGUUGGAGACGGGCUCAGGUGCACAGGAAACCUGCUGCAGGUGCUCAUGUCCACUCCGACCUUCUCCAACUUCCUCACGCAAAUCUUGAACUGCUCACAGGCGUCUUUGUCAGGGAAACAGUUCGUGAAGCGUCUGAGCAACUUGACGGUUCAAUCCACGCUGUUCGUACCCAACAAUGACGGACUGCCUGACAACCAGACUCUGUCUCAGUGGGACAUUGAGUACCACCUGUCCGAGGGGAGGGCUCUUCCUCUCAGCGAGCUGAAGAACGGGAGUCGAAUCAGGACAAGAGUCGGGAGUCUGACGGUCCUUGGAGUGUCCGAUCUGCUGGACGCCUCAGCUCUGUCGUCUCGUUACAUUAACGAUCGCUUUGUCACCAACUCGGACGUUGUGGCCUCAAAUGGGAUCAUACAUGUUCUUCAGGGUCCGCUGAAAGCCCCCCCCCCUCGCCAAGAGAUGCAUGUGGGGCACAAGGCGGGGAUGGGAGUGGGCGUGACGCUGCUGGUGGCUCUGGUGGCGGCGGGCGUGUGCAUCGGAUACAACUUCUACAAAAACAACAACAAAGGAUUCCAGUUCCACUACUUUAAGGAGGAUGAAGAGGAGGAAACGGUGCCCCCUGCAGGCAGCAGCAUCUGUAACCCUGUUUAUGAAGCAGCUCCAGAGUCAAAGUUGUCUGAUGGCACAGCUGAGGACAAACAUGUGGUGGUGGACGGAGGAUCGUACGACCUGCUGCAGGACGGAUGA